UGCAAGGCGAAUUCGCCUUGGACAGGUGGUUGUCAAAGCGCACAUUUGCCGGCAAAUAAAUUUGCAAAUAUAAACAAAGAGGCAAUUGUAUUAAUAAAUAAAAUGAAAUUUUGGGUUUUCCUCUUGACUUUAAUAGCCCGACAUCAGUAUACCAUUUCGCAAAGUGAGAACGCUUACUCUAGUAAUAUCUGCACAAAGGAUAGCAACGAAAAUUGCUCUUCCAUUGAGAUUGAUGGUGUCGAAAAUGACAACCAUAUAACUGAGGAAGUAAGAAAAUCAUUAGAGUCCUUUGUACUCUGUGCGGAUGAAAAUGAUGUAGAUUGUAGAUGCCAUAGCGAUGUCUUAGUAAAUGACCUCAAACCGUUUCGAAAAAAGGGGAUCACUCAGAGUAUGGUAAAGACUUCCGCCAAAUAUGGAACACGAUACAAGAUAUUAAACCAUCGUCUUUAUCGCGACAAAGAGUGUAUGUUUCCGGCGCGAUGUAGUGGAAUCGAACAUUUCCUACUAAAACUUCUGCCCGAAUUGCCUGAUAUGGAUAUGGUCAUAAACACUCGCGAUUGGCCGCAGGUACCAUCAGGCCUUGGUGAUAGAAUAGGACCAAUAUUCUCAUUUUCAAAAACAAAAGACUAUUUAGAUAUAAUGUAUCCGGCAUGGACCUUCUGGGCUGGAGGACCAGCCAUUUCCUUACAUCCGACCGGCAUCGGUCGCUGGGAUUUAUUACACGAGAGUAUAUCAAAAGAAGCUGCAAAAACAGCUUGGUCAGAAAAACUUCCGUUAGGGUUUUUUCGGGGUUCUCGCACUUCGGACGAACGGGACGCAUUGGUGCUUUUGUCAAGGCGUAGACCAGGUUUAGUAGAUGCUAAGUACACAAAAAACCAAGCUUGGAAAUCACCACUAGAUACCCUCAAUGCUGAACCUGCAAAAGAAGUGUUGUUUGAAGAUCAUUGCCGAUAUAAAUACCUAUUCAACUUUAGAGGUGUAGCAGCUAGUUUUCGCUUCAAGCACUUGUUUCUAUGCAACUCGUUAGUGUUUCAUGUGGGUGAUGAAUGGAAUGAAUUUUUUUACCCAGCCUUGAAGCCAUGGGUUCAUUAUGUGCCAUUGAAAAGUUAUCCAAGCGAGCAAGAUAUUGAAAAUAUUAUACAAUAUUUUCUCGAGCACGAUAGUUUAGCUCGAGAGAUUGCUGAACGUGGAAAGCAGUUUAUUUGGAAUCAUCUCCGUAUGCAGGAUGUUGAGUGCUAUUGGAAAAAACUGUUAUCACACUACCAAACGUUAAUUAAAUAUAAGGUUGUGUCCGACCCAGAACUUAUUCCGAUUAAACCUAAACAAAGAGUAGAAUUAUAAAGCAUUUAAAGAAUCUCAAAAGUAUUGCAAAAUUAUAAUAAAGCUAAAAAAUCGCAAAGUUUA